GAAGGGAAGAAGGAAGAAGAGGGAAGAGAAGGAGAGGGAGGAGGAGGAGGAGGAGGGAGGUGGCGGCGCCGUGGCGGAGGAGCAGGAGCAGGAGCAGGAGCAGGAGGGGGAUGGAGAGGAGUAGGCUCCUGGGUGGCAUGGCGCUCCUGCUCCUCCAGGCGCUGCCCAGCCCCCUGUCAGCCAGGGCUGAACCCCCGCAGGAUAAGGAAGCCUGUGUGGGCACCAACAAUCAGAGCUACAUCUGUGACACAGGACACUGCUGUGGACAGUCCCAGUGCUGCAACUACUACUAUGAACUCUGGUGGUUCUGGCUGGUGUGGACCAUCUUCAUCCUCCUGAGCUGCUGCUGUGUCUGCCACCACCGCCGAGCCAAGCACCGCCUGCAGGCCCAGCAGCGGCAACAGGAAAUCAACCUGAUCGCCUACCGGGAAGCCCACAACUACUCAGCGCUGCCAUUUUAUUUCAGGUUUUUGCCAAACUAUUUACUACCUCCUUAUGAGGAAGUGGUGAACCGACCUCCAACUCCUCCCCCGCCAUACAGUGCCUUCCAGCUGCAGCAGCAGCAGCAGCUGCCUCCACAGUGCGGCCCUGCAGGUGGCAGCCCUGCGGGCCCUGACCCCACCAGGGGCUCCCCGGGGGCACAGAGCAGCCCCUUGUCUGGGCCCAGCAGAAGCAGCACAAGACCCCCAAGCAUCGCUGACCCUGAGCCCUCCGACAUGCCAGCUGACCAAGCAGCUCCCAAAGCCUCUCGAGUGGAGCCCAGCGGCUCUGUGGCCGGUCUCGGGGAGCUGGACCCAGCGGCCUUCCUGGACAAGGACUCAGAAUGUAAGGAGGAGCUGCUGAAAGAUGACAGCUCUGAGCAUGGUAGUGCACUCCCCGACAGCAAAGACAAGACACCAGGCAGACACCGCCGCUUCACGGGCGACUCGGGCAUUGAGGUGUGUGUGUGUAACCGGGGCCACCAUGACGAUGACCUCAAAGAGUUCAGCACACUCAUCGAUGAUGCUCUGGAUGGGCCUCUGGACUUCUGUGACAGCUGUCACGUACGGCCACCUGGUGACGAGGAGGAAGCGCUCUGCCAACCCUCCGAGGAGCAGGCGCGUGAGCCUGGGCACCCGCACCUGCCACGGCUGCCCGCCUGCCUGCUGCUGAACACCAUCAAUGAGCAGGACUCUCCCAACUCGCAGAGCAGCAGCUCCCCCAGCUAGAGCAGGCCCUGCCUCCACCCAGGAACUUGGCAGAGCACCCAUGGUAGGGGAGAACCACGAGAGAAGCAUUAAUGACUUUCCGAGAGAGUAGCACGGCCACUUCGCUGUUCUUUCUUCUCUCCUGCGUUUUCCUACAUUUCCAGGUACAGUUUGAGGUGUGGGUGCCUCUCCCCACAAGCACAGUGCUGCGGAGGACGGAGAAGCUGGUUCUGUGACUCAUUCCUCUCACCCCACUCCGUCGUCCUCUGCUCCGUUUUCAAGUCACGUCUCACCUACCUGUCUGGGUCAGAGAGAUGUGCGUUUUCAAAGCUGGGACUGUGCCCUAAGAGGAUUCUUUCUGUGCUCUGGUUUUUCUUUAAGAGAACUUUGCUGUGUCUCAGUCCAGGAAAGGGAGCCCAUCUCAGCACUGGGUAAAGAGGGAAGCUCACAGGUGCCCCAGGAUUGCCACCCGUGGCUGCCAGCAUCUGCAGAGCUGGGAUUGGAUUAGUCCUGGGGGGGGCAGGUUGGGAGGGGCUUGUUCUCAAAUCCCAGGUGACAUGAUGGGUGCAUUGCUGGGCAUCCUCCACGCUUCCUCCCCCCGGCCUUUGGCUGGCUGCAGACUGGUAUGCAAGAUAACCCUGCCUGCUCUUCCUUUUUUUUAAAGAAACAGAAUCCAGCUGAAAACAAGAAGCCUACCAGUGGGCAGGCAAGAAUUAUCUCCUAGGAGGAGGAAGUUUGUGGCUCUUUCCAAAGUGGCCUUCUGGGAACCCGGCCGCAGUAGAGCCAGGAGCUACUUUUUGUGCAGGCUUAGACUGGGGCUGUCUCUGGAAGCUCUGUGAGCACAAGGCCCUGGCCAUGGUGGGCGUGCAGCUUCCGCAUCUCUGUCCUUUGGCUGUGCCCACAGGACCAGUGCCCUCCUCCAUCCCAGCACGGGGUCGGCUUCCAUGUCUCCCUGUUCUUUGCGAGCUGACGGGCUGAGGAAGCUGUGGGUGCUGAGAAAGGGCAGCCCCGCCUCACGUGGUAUUUUCUCUUUGAUUCUGAAUGGGGUUUUUUUGUUUUGUUUUGUUUGUUUUUUGUUUUGUUUUAAACUGACCACUUAGGAGAAAUACCUUGGUUACCUGUGGUUUUCACACCCUGUCCCUGCCCCCAACUUUGUGUGGGGUGACUCCUUUCCCUGUAGCCGACAUAAAGAGUCUGAGUGGCCGGAGGGGCAGGGGUUGGGGAGGGCAGCGUCCGGAAGGACCACAGCAUCCUCUUGCUGCUGCUUGGCUCCAGGUGCCCGGUUGAACUUUGACAGUAAGCUGAGCAGAGACAGCAGACGGCCGAAACCGACGUUCCCUGCCCAGCCGCGUUCAUGUGAAGAGUCUGGUUCUUCCCCCACUCUCAAACGAUGAUACUUAGUCUAAGCAUUGAUGUUAUGGCAAGAGAGGAAAUAUAUAUAUAUAUAUAUAUA